AUGGCACCGAAAAGCUGGCUGGAUAUCCCUCGAGGAUCGCAUUUUUCACUAGCUAAUAUUCCCUUCGGCGUUGUAACAACACCGAAAUGCAGCGACAGACAUGCAGCAAUUGCUGUUGGCGAUCAUGUUCUGGAUCUGCACGAGUUUGCUCAGCACCAAGGCUUCUCUGGUCUGGAAGAUUCCACCGCUAGCCUGAUUGCAAGCUUUUCAAAGCCUGUACUCAAUGACUUCGCGGCUCUUGGUCAGGAGGUCCACACCAAUGUCCGUCGAUAUCUACAAGAAAUCUUGAAAUACGACACCCGAUUUCCCUCCUUGCUGAAAUCCAAUGUCGGAGCAAAGGAGUCCUGUCUAUUCCACAAAGAUCAAGUCAAAAUGCACUUGCCCAUGAAAAUUGCGGGCUUCAGCGAUUUCUUUGCCGGCAAACAUCACGCCUACAAGUGUGGUCGUAUCCUUAGGGAUCCUAGCAAGGCUUUAUCGGCUAACUAUUUUCAUCUUCCCAUCGCCUAUCACUCGAGGGCUUCGUCAGUGAUCGUUUCAGGGACCGAUAUUCGCCGACCGUUGGGACAAUUCUUGCAGAAUCCCUCCGAUAAAGAGCCGAGCUUCGGUCCUUGCAGUCAGCUAGACAUUGAGGUCGAACUGGGAGCACUAAUUUGCCGUGGGAACAGCCUAGGUGAGGCAAUUGACGUCAACAAGGCAGAUGAGUACAUCUUUGGCUUUGUUUGUCUGAAUGACUGGGGUGCUCGGGAUUUCUACAGCUGGGAAGCGGUGCCUCUAGGGGCAUUCAAUUCAAAAUCAUUCGCAACCACUAUCAGUGCUUGGGUCAUUUUAAAAGAUGCUCUUGAACCAUUCCGUGUCAAGGGCAUCGAAAACGACACGAAGCUGCAUCCCUAUCUCCAGCAGAGAACGGUAGAAAAUGUUUAUGAUAUGAAGUUAGAAACUUCAAUUCGAGCAUCAAAUGGUGAUUCUGGAAUCUUGUCGCGAACGAAUGGACGUUAUCUCGUAUUCUCAUUCGAACAAAUGAUAGCUCACCACACAGUCAGCGGGUGCCCAUUGGAAGUGGGAGACUUAAUAGCGUCAGGAACACUUGCUGGUCCCGAACCUGGGAGUUUUGGGUGUUUCCUCGAAGGCAGUAAUGGAGGCAAGCAGGGUAUUGACAUUUCCGCCACAAUGAGGCGAACUUAUCUGGAGGAUGGAGAUAGUAUCAAUAUCCGGGGAUGGUGUGGCGAGGACGACUUAAGCUUGGUCGGCUUUGGCGAUUGUGAAGGAACCAUUUUGCCACCUAUAAGACCGGCCUGGAUGUGA